GGUUGUAUGUCACUGUACUGCUUCUGUUUUGUUUUUGUCUAAAAGAACGGGACGCCUUUUUAAGUUACAGAACAAUUAAACAAAUCGUAAAAAAAUAUGGAAGAAAUUGGUGAUAAUUCGGGAGAAGCUUCUCUAACAUUUAAAUUCAAGAAACCAAGUAGAAAACCUAUGAGAAAACGUCUCGAAAUUGAAGAGGACGAUGAUGCUGGUGGCAGUGAUGAGCUCGACGUGUUGUUAAAGCUGGAAGAGACAAAAGAGUUACAAAAGUUAAGAGAGAGACCCCACGGUAUUAGUGCUGUGGCAUUGGCAAUUGGCAAGCGAAUAACUGUUGAAGAGGAAGUUACAGUGAAUGAUCCCUUCAAAGUUACAACUGGUGGAAUGGCUGAUAUGAAGGCAGUUAAAGCUGGAAAGCAAAAUAGUUCAUCUGCUGAUGAUGCAUAUGAAACUGGAAUUGGUACACAGUUUUCCGUGGAAACCAACACUCGAGAUGAAGAUGCAGAAAUGAUGAAGUAUAUUGAGGAGCAACUUGCAAAAAGGAAAGGUCUAAUGCAAGAGGAUGAAGAUAAAAGUAAUAAAUACCUGACUCCUGAAGAAAUUGCUUUUUCGUCAGUACCUGAAUAUCUGAGAGUGAAAUCUAGUGUCCAAUCUGAAGAAAUGUUAUCCAACCAGAUGCUUAGCGGAAUUCCGGAAGUAGAUCUAGGAAUAGAGGCCAAAAUUAAGAAUAUUGAAGCAACUGAAGAAGCAAAACAGAAGCUGCUUCAAGAAAGACUUCGUAAAAAAGAUGGUCCUUCAAUGUUUGUUCCGACUAACAUGGCCGUUAAUUUUGUCCAGCAUAACAGAUUUAAUAUUGAAGAAUCUGGCCCCCCACGUAAGAAACGUGCUGAAGCUUCUGUCAAACCAGCCGUCCCUGUAGAGUUACCUAAAAGGUUAGACAAUGUCGGUGGGAAAAAAGAGCAUGAUAAGGCAAGCGACGACUUUUAUUUCGAAAAGUUCCGGCGACAGUUCCGAAGAUGAUGAAAGUCUUAAUUUUUCAAAAAAAUACAUACAUUUUUCAA